AUGAAUCCAACCAAAGCUGACAUUUUUACCCUGGAAGAAUUUGCUGGAGAAAUUUUCCAGUAUUUACAACGUUUCAAGUGCUUUCCCGAGGGCAAGAGUAAUAACAGUACAAAGUGCUCGACACUCGAGUCAGGAUCCACUCAGCGUGUGCUAGAUUCUUCUCAAAACUCCAUCGAGGACACCAUGCAGUCAACAAACUCAGGCAAAAGUUUUACUCUCGUUGAUGAAUCUCCGUAUUUAGCUCCUGUUAGCAGCAAACCUCCAGAGCAACUGUUGGGUCCACCUUCGACUCCACAACCACGCGCUUCAAGCACUCCGUUGUCGGAGUUGGAGAGACAGUUGCAGUCGGCGGGAAAGAAACCACCGGGUAAAAAAAGCACUCCGAGCUCGCCUUUCCAUGUCAACACACCACAAACGCCUUGCGGAGCGACUGCCGAGCAAAUGUUGGGAAAAUGCAGCAGAAACUCCACAACCACGCGCUCCUAG